AUGAGCGAACUCCAGAAAUCGUUCGCCAAGUCUAAAUUGGCUAAAUUUCCCCCUGAAGCUCCAGGAUUUGAUAUGUAUAGUCCUGAUAAGAUAUCGAAGGUAAGAGAGGAUGAUAGCUUGUCUUCUUCCUCCUUAUCUUCUACUGGAACUAUGAUUCCAUCGCCAACAAGGCAUUUGUUUGCUCACUCCAGACAAUCAUCGAAAUCAUUAAGCUGGAUAGACUUCUUCGCACAGGAGCUGUUUCUAGCUGAAGAGACGGACGAUCUCCAGAUCAUCCACCAUGUGUACCUGACACCGCCAAGUGAAAAGGGAGCACUAUUUGUGAUGCACCAUGGUGCAGGCUCAUCAGGUCUUUCGUUCGCAACAUGUGGCGAUGAGAUCCGCAAGAUCCUUCCCAAUGCAGGUAUCCUGUCUAUCAAUGCAAGGAACCAUGGCCGCACUACCGUAGUCCCUAAAGAACAGAGUCUGGAGACUACCAACCCAUCAGCAGCAGAUGCUGCCGAGGCUGAGGCUAAAAGCCAGAUAGAGCCAGAUUUGAGUCUAGAAACACUAAGCCGAGAUCUGGUUUAUGUUAUUCGGCAGACCCAAUCUCGGAUGGGCUGGGAAGUUCUCCCAGAUAUCAUCCUUGUCGGACACAGUUUAGGUGGAGCUGUUAUCACACACGUAGCGAAGGGCGGCGAGCUGGGCUCAAAGCUUCUAGCUUAUGCGGUACUGGAUGUCGUAGAAGGAUCUGCCAUGGAUGCUCUUCAAAGCAUGGAAAAGUACCUCUCCACACGACCGAUGCGAUUUUCAUCCCUAGAGUCAGCUCGUGCUUCCGUUCCAUCUUUACUUUACGAAGAAUCUCUACCAAUCGAUACGAAUCGCCCAUGGGUAUGGCGCACGAACCUGUCCGCAACAAAGCCAUUCUGGGAAAACUGGUUCAUCGGCUUGAGUCAAAAGUUCCUCACCGCACGGGGCGGAAAGUUAUUGCUCCUCGCAGGGACUGAUAGAUUGGAUAAAGAACUGAUGAUCGGCCAGAUGCAAGGGAAAUACCAGCUUCAAGUGUUUCCUGAAGCAGGCCACUUUGUCCAGGAAGAUCAGCCGACGAAGACAGCUCAGGUACUAGCAGACUUUUACAAGCGUAAUGAUCGGAGUGCAUUGGUUCUUCCGCCUAAAGUGGCAGAUAUGCAAGCUGCCACAGCAAUGAAGAAAGGAUCUGGUGCCUUGGAAAAGAAUGCGCACUUGAGAUAG